UGUACUUUGCCUUCAGAAGUCAGUUUGUGUUUCCUCUGCCUUGCCCUUACAGGAACACAGUCCUCAAUAUCUGUGGAAACAAGCCAGCUCAGGAGCUGAGGCGGAGUGUGUUCAACUUUGACAAGAUUCAGCAGUCGGAAGACUGUCCCUGUGAGGAUCCUGUGACACAGAUACUGGGGGAAACAACAGCACCUCCAGCACCGCCUGUACCUCUGACACCCCCAGCACCUACAGUCCUUUCAGCUCCUUCAGUUUCUUCAGUUACAAACGAGUCUGCGCAGGAAGCAAAGACUGGAGGAAAGAGUUCUCCAUCAAGCAGCAUGAACAAGAGGGAGAAGAAAAUGACCAGUUCUCUUCAGCCUUCUGGGGAGAAGGUGUCAGGAAAGGAGGGGAGCCCCGUGGACAAACUAUCCAGACUCCAGCACGAGGUGUUCACGCUCACUGAGGAGCUCAAGUCACAAAAGGAGCUGGUGCUUCACAAGGCCCUGGAGGCAGCACAGCAGGAGAAGAGGACCAGCAAACAGUUCCUGGCAGCAGCAGGGGAGCAGGAGCGGCUGGAACUGGUGCGGCACAAAGAGAGGUGUAUCGCGGACCUGGACGGCCGCCUGGAGGCCCUGCUCAAAGACAAGGAGGAGCUGGAGCAGCGGCUGGCCAUGCAGGACUGCCAAGUGAAUGAGCUGCUGCAGCAGCACGUGCAGCUCAUGAUGGAGAAGAACAAUGCCAAGCAGGAAGUCAUCCUCAAGCUCUCCGAGCAGGUGGCCGCCUGCAUGGCUGACCCCCAGCGUACCGGCUGCAGGAGAAGAUUGAGCACCUCAAGGUUAUUUUAA